AUGACCUUCGGGCGCGGCGGGGCGGCCUCGGUGGUGCUGAACGUGGGCGGCGCCCGGUACUCGCUGUCCCGGGAGCUGCUCAAGGACUUCCCGCUGCGCCGUGUGAGCCGACUGCACGGCUGCCGCUCGGAGCGCGACGUGCUCGAGGUGUGCGACGACUACGACCGGGAGCGCAACGAGUACUUCUUCGACCGGCACUCAGAGGCCUUUGGCUUCAUCCUGCUGUACGUGCGCGGCCACGGGAAGCUGCGCUUCGCGCCGCGGAUGUGCGAGCUCUCCUUCUACAACGAGAUGAUCUACUGGGGCCUGGAGGGCGCGCACCUGGAGUACUGCUGCCAGCGCCGCCUAGACGACCGCAUGUCCGACACCCACACCUUCCACGCGGCCGACGAGCUGGGCCGGGAGCAGGCUCGCCCCGCCGGGCCCGAGGCGGCUCCCUCCCCGCGCUGGCUGGAGCGCAUGAGGCGGACCUUCGAGGAGCCCACGUCGUCGCUGGCCGCGCAAAUCCUGGCCAGCGUGUCCGUGGUGUUCGUGAUCGUGUCCAUGGUGGUGCUGUGCGCCAGCACGCUGCCCGACUGGCGCGCAGCAGCCGCCAACAACCACAGCCUGGAUGACCGGAGCAGGUACUCCGCCGGCCCUGGGAGGGAGCCCUCCGGGAUAAUUGAAGCUAUCUGCAUAGGCUGGUUCACUGCAGAGUGCAUCGUGAGGUUCAUCGUCUCCAAAAACAAGUGUGAGUUUGUCAAGAGACCCCUGAACAUCAUUGACUUACUGGCAAUCACACCCUAUUACAUCUCUGUGCUAAUGACAGUAUUCACAGGCGAGAACUCUCAACUGCAGAGGGCUGGAGUCACCUUGAGGGUCCUCCGAAUGAUGAGGAUCUUCUGGGUGAUUAAGCUGGCCCGGCACUUCAUUGGUCUGCAGACACUGGGUUUGACUCUCAAGCGAUGCUACCGGGAGAUGGUUAUGUUACUUGUCUUCAUUUGUGUUGCCAUGGCGAUCUUUAGUGCACUUUCUCAGCUUCUUGAACACGGGUUGGACCUGGAAACAUCCAACAAGGACUUCGCCAGCAUCCCCGCUGCCUGCUGGUGGGUGAUAAUCUCCAUGACUACAGUUGGCUAUGGAGAUAUGUAUCCUAUCACAGUGCCUGGAAGAAUUCUUGGAGGAGUUUGUGUUGUCAGUGGGAUUGUUCUGUUGGCAUUGCCUAUCACUUUCAUCUACCAUAGCUUUGUACAGUGUUAUCAUGAGCUCAAGUUUAGAUCGGCUAGAUAUAGUAGAAGCCUUUCGGCUGAGUUUCUGAAUUAAUGUGCUGCAAAUCAGUCCUUGCUCACACUUCAUUUGAUUGAGAGUUGACAUGACUUCUUAUUCAUGUGUUUCUCCCUGGGUGAGCCCUGCAGUGGUGUUGUCGUCGUGAUGGUGGGGUGAAUGGUAUUCUUUCCAGUUGAAGGGAUAAAGCAGUCUACU